UUAUCUGUAGAGAUUGUGGAUAAGUAUCACUUGCAAAUGUCCUGUAUGCCCCUCUCCCCAUCUGUGUCCACUGUGGAAAGCACCACACUCCAUGCUCACCAGAUUACACUGUUUUCUAGAGAGUGAAUAAGAUACGCGAAUACAUGACUCAAGACAAACCUACUGACAAAGAGGCCAAAAGGAAGUGCAAGCUGUUGUCCCCAGCAUGUACACAAUGUCAUAUGCUACAGCUACAAAGACAUUUCCCCUUUGCCGAUGGUACUCCUGCCUAUUACUCUUUCUGUAUUGGGCCCUCAGGGCCACUUAUCCAUCCCUGCCCCCCUGAUGGUUUGGGGGCUCCCCUCCUGCUGCUUUUUGCACACAUGUUUUGGGAUUGAUAGCUUCCCAUCCACCAGGGACAUUUGUCCCCACCUCGAAGCCUGAGACAAAUACGCUUCUUGUGGCUGCUCUUGCCAGGAAGCGAUCCUUGGGGACACUUCAUUCCAUAGGUUGCACUGAUCUAUAACUGGACACCAGCAAGUGGCUGAAGAAGCCACUGGCUGUUGGUUGCUCUGCUUCAUGAUCAUUAUCUUCACCUGAAACUGAUUCAGAGAAGCCUUUGGCAUCAUGAAAAUCCUCCAAGGAGAGGAAAGACAAGAAAAAUACUUGGAGGAGGACCUUCCAGUACUCCCACGCGGGCAGAUCUCACCUGUUCAACUCCUGUGGCCAAUACAGAGAAUCCAGCAACCCCUGAUGACCCAGUUCUCACCACACAAUGGAACUUGGAAUGGAAUUUGCACAUAUGUUGUGGAUACACUCUCCAGCAAACUUCAGCCCCUUGGUACACCUUUGGAGGCUGUGCCUGCUCAGUUUCCUGAAGACCCAUUAAAGACUGAUGGCGCUACCAUCUUGGUAAAGCAUGAUCACAAACAGAAACAAAAUGCUGUUGGAUCUGAGCAUAAUUCUGUUAGAGAUCCAUUGGGAAUAUCUUGGUCCACUGAUUUUAUCAAAGAGGAUCCUGAACUAAAUUUGGAAAUGAAUGUAACAGAGAAUAUUGUGGAAACCUCAACAAGAUACUCAUCUGAUAGUGCAAGAUUGACUCAGAGUGCUGGUGGGAGGUGUGGCAUAUCAUGUGAAGAAACGUGUCACCAUCGACUGGUCCAGGAUGAGUUUGUGAUAGAUAUGGAGAAGUCAACACACGAGUUUGUUACCCAUACAGGAGAUGUGACUGUAGAUAAAGAAUGCUCAGUUGCUACCCAAUAUGACUGUAGUACAAGGGAAAAGGAAUUACAUGUAUAUAGCUGUAAUUUCUGCCAACAGGGCUUUCCUUCAAAAUAUAGACUCAUAAAGCAUGUGUUUAUGCACAUUGAUGGCAUGCAACCACCUUUGUAUGUUUGUAAGUGGUGUGGUGAGAUAUUUGAUAGUAAAUUUAGUUUGAAAAAACAUCUGAGAAUGAGUGAGAAUUAUCACGUCUUAACUGCUAGCAACCAUGAAAAAUAUGGCUGUAGUGAUGAGCAUCAAAGCAGUAUCCUUUUGGAUAGUUUCCCAGAAGUUUCUGUUACAGAACACAAUGUGUGGUCUUCAUACAAGGAAACUUGGAAAGCUUCAAAGAAGUCCUCUAAUGACGUGUGUAACACACCUAUGGGAAAUGAUGCUGACAAAAUAGGUGACUAUGGAACUUUGUCUACAGCUGUUAAUGUCAGUGCCCAGGGUGAUCUACUUACUGCAAACAGUAUGGACAAAUGUGGUAUUUGUGGCAAAUUGUGUGGUAGGUCAGGUCAUCCCAAGAGAGAGAAAUUACUUGACACUGGAAAGAAACCCCACAAAUGUGAGAUUCAUGGGGAAUGGUUUUCUCAGUCAGGUCAUCUCAAGACAGAAGAAUUAUUUCACACUGGGAGCAAACCUCAUAAAUGUAAGAUUUGUGAGAGAUGUUUUGCUAGGCCGAGCAGUCUCAAGAGACAUGAAUUAAUUCACACUGGAAACAAACCUCACAAAUGUGUGAUUUGUGACAAAUCGUUUGCCCAGGCAGGCAAUCUGAAGACUCACAAGUUAAUUCACACUGGAAAGAAACCUCACAAAUGUGAGAUUUGUGGGAACUCUUUUGGUAGGGCAGGUAAUCUCAAGACUCACAUUUUAAUUCACACUGGGAAGAAACCUUACAAAUGUAAGAUUUGUGGGAGAUGUUUUGCUUGGUCAAGCAAUCUCAAGACACACGAAUUAAUUCACACUGGAAACAAACCUUACAGAUGUGUGAUUUGUGACAAAUCGUUUGCCCAGUCAGGUAGUCUCAACACUCACAAGUUAAUUCACACUGGAAAGAAACCUCACAAAUGUGAGAUUUGUGGGAAAUCUUUUCGUAGGUCAGAUAGUCUCAAGACACAUGAAUUAGUUCACACCGGAAAGAAAUCUCACAAAUGUCAGAUUUGUGGGAAAUCUUUUGCUAGGUCAGGCUAUCUCAAGACACACCUUUUAAAUCACACUGGAGAGAAACCUCACAAAUGUGUGAUUUGUGACAAAUCGUUUGCCCAGGCAGGCAAUCUGAAGACUCAUCAAUUAAUUCACACUGGAAACAAACCUCACAAAUGUGAGAUUUGUGGCAGAUGUUUUGCUUUGUCAAGUUAUCUCAAGAAACAUUUAUUAAUUCACACUGGGAAGAAACCUUACAAAUGUAAUAUUUGUGGGAAAUCCUUUGCUUUCUUGAAUGCUCUCAAGAGUCAUAUAUUAAUUCACACUGAAAAAAAAUCCCGCAAAUGCGAUAUUUGUGGGAAGUCUUUUGCUAGGGCAGGCAAUCUCAAGGCCCACACAUUAAUUCACAUUGGAGAGCAACGUCACAAAUGUGAGAUUUGUGGGAAAUCUUUUGCUGUGUCCAGCAUUCUCAAAGCACAUGCAUUAAUUCACAUUAGAAAGAAACCUCACAGAUGUGAGAUUAGUGGGAAAUCAUUUGCUAUGUCAGGCGAUCUCAAGACAUAUGCAUUAGAACACAUUGGAAGGGGACCUCACAAAUGUGAUGUCUGUGGCAAAAGUUUCACUAAAUUGGGUACUCUCAAGACACAUGCAUUACUUCACAUCAGAAAGAAACUACAAGUAAGUGUUGGUUUACACAAAUAGGUUUUCCUGGUUUGUGCCCUCAAGGCCUAUAAAGUAAUGGAUGUAACAGGGGACAAUAAAUUGCAGUUCCUGUGAAAUAACAUUAAAGUGUGGUAGAAUUGUGGAAAAAAUGUGCAAUGAUGUGUACUAUAGAUUGAUAACAGAUAAUGUGACAAUAUAAAAAUCCAUAUCUACAGAUUGUGAUGUCAAGAACUUGUAUUACUAAAUACACUACAGACAUGAAUCAAAUGUGUUUUUGUCAUUAACACUGCUGCUUUUUCCUAUCGAUCUUGAGACAAGAAGAUUGUGAAUUGUGAUAAAUCCUUACCUUCGUCAGUAAUCAUAAGUAGAAUGCAAUAUUCAGUAUAAGGCCAAGGAAAUGUGAUGACUUGCUGAUUAAUAUUCCAGACAUAGUCAUUAUGUAGUACUUGUAACUGCACUUUAAAAAUAAUGUUAUCAAAAAUGUAUCCAUGGCACUUCAUUCACAAAUGCUAGUAAACUCAACACUGGAGAAACGUGAUUAUGGCAUUAUUUUACUAAUGUAUGUUUUCUCAAGAGAUCUGCUGUGUGUGUCAUUAAUAGUGUGUACUUUUAUUUUCUGUUCAUAUUAAUCCUACAUUUGUAGACGUAACAACAAAUAUAACAAUCUACUUAAUAGCAUGUUUGUCCACUUUUGGAACACAAUACAUGAACAGUUCUACAUGAUAUGGACUUGACAUGUCGUUUUCAUAUUUCUGGAUGUAUGUUGCACCAGUUGUAUUGCACACAUUCAGAUCAGCUAAAUGGUGUGGUCGAGACAUCAGUGUUAGUUACCAUGCUACUCAGACCACUGUGUAGUCAUUCUGUCAUUGUGACAUGGACAGUUACCUGCUGAAAGCUGCCUUCACUGUGGGAGAGCACAUCAGGCAUGAAGGAAUCUAUGUUUUGCAAUAAAGGUAACAUAGUCUGCAACUGUCAUGAUGCCUUCAAUUAUUAUCAGAUGUCCCAAAGGAGCCCAAGUGACUUGCCCCAUAGCAUAACGGGCCCUCGAUCUGGUGCCAUUCACCUACAUGACUGCAUAUCUGGAUGUGGCAUCUCACCUGGUGUAACAAGAAAUGUCACUCGGCCUGACAGUUGGCAGUUGACAUUAGCAUUGAACUUCAUUCCAGCAUCAAUGAUCCCUUGCGCAAUGCAGUUGAGUUUGAACAAUUUGGUGGGUUAGUAUGGAAACAUACAGAGACCAUAUGUUGUGGAGCCCUAUGUUC